UGCAAGUAACGUUUACUGUAGAUCAUGAGCUUUCAGCACAUUGUAAUUUGUGAUGGUUGUGUAUACGAUUAAUUCAUAUAAGUUUUAAGUGAGAAUUUACAGCAUUAUUCACAGUUCUUAUGAAUUAUGAAAAUAGAGGGUAUUAUUAAAAUCAACCUCUCGUUUUUGCCUGUUUAGUAGGCAUCUCUUUGUUCUACUGUCCUGCCCUCUUCUGGAAAACCUUGUAACGUUUUAAUGGUAAUCAAGCGUUGGCUGUGUUGACACCGAAUUCCAGUUUGUUGAUAUUUUGCUAUUUGCUAAAUUGUUCCCGAGUUUCACAUAGCUGACCUUAACGAUGGAAGAACGGCAAAAAACUCUACGCAAAAUGAAAAUUUGCAGAUUCUGUUUUGGUGGCCAGGAUAAAGAACUCCGCAGUAUUUAUCAGAAGGAGCCUAAAACAGUCCCUCUACCUCUACAGAUUAUGAGUUGUGUGUCAAUCGAGGUGUUUCCUAAUGACGGUUUUCCUGAGCUUAUAUGCAAUGAAUGCGCGCAGCAGACACUGUUAUCAUACACUUUUAAACGCAAUUGCAGAAAAGCGGAUGAUGCAUUGAAGAAAUUUUUAAUGACUGGCGAGUUGAUUAAGCCACAUAUUGAAAAAAGUCGGUCUACAAAGCCUCAAAAAUGUCCUAGUUCGGACCAUUCUCCAAAUGAAACGCUUACUAGCAAUACCAAGAAAAAAGAGUCAAAGGAAGCCGGAAUCCAAGACGUGAAAAAAAUUAAGUUAAAUGAUGGAACUGAAGUUAUUACGUUGUGUAUUUCUCCAUCAGAUGAUCAGGUUAGUCAACAUUCUGAGGAAAUGCAAUCCAAUACCGACGAAGCUAAUAUUGAACUGGACGAAGUGAUUAACGACGAACCUUCUCAUUCGAAACAAGGCGCAACAGACGUAUUUGCGUGUGAACAUUGCAAUAAAACAUUCUUAUUAGAGCAACUUUUGGAUUUACAUGUCACUUCUCAUCAUCGGGAACGGACAAUUCCUUGUCCACAAUGUGAUACCAAGUUUUUUAGUAAGUCCGACAUGACGAAACAUCAGUUAACUCACACAGGCGAAAGACCAUUUUCUUGUAGUGUUUGCAAGAAAGAUUUUAGUCGAGAAAGUUUACUUAGACGACACGAAUUAACACACACUGAUACUCCUAAUUAUAUGUGUUCUCAAUGUGAAAAGAUGUUUGUGGAGAAAUCCGAUUUAAAUGCCCACAUGCGUAAACAUCAAAAGAAUAGGCCAUUUGCUUGCACAAUAUGUCAUAAAUCUUUUGUCUUUAAACAGGGAUUGGACCGUCAUAUGGGUUCAGAACACUCCGGGGACAAGCCCUUCAAGUGUAAUUAUUGCGAUGCUGCAUUCAGCUCGACCAUUCGUCUAACUAGACAUAUUACUACUCAUGCUGGCUUGAGACCUUAUCCUUGUAAAAUUUGCAGUAGAACAUUCUUGUUAAGCCAUCAUUUAACCAGACAUAUGAGAAGUCAUUAUGAAAAGCAACCAGAAGAAGCCCUCGGCCGACAUAAGUGCGACAUAUGCAGUAUGUCAUUUAAGAGAAAAGACAAUUUGAUAAAUCAUAGCCUUAUACACAGUAUGGUCAAUUUAAGAUGCGCAAUUUGCUACACUGCUUUCGACAAUGUAAACCUGGUUAGAGAUCAUAUUAAUUCUCAUUUGCAAGGGCUGCCCCACCAAUGUCAGAAAUGCGAUUAUAGUUUUGAGACGGAGAAACAAUUGGUUCGCCACGAAUUAAAACAUGCUGAAAUGGAGUAUGAAGAGCAAAUUGAAAAAGAGGUGAUUUCUGAAGUGAAUAAUGUUGAUAAAGUUGAAACAGAUGAUUACUUUAGCGCUGAUGACGAUGAUAUUUCUCAUUUCCAACUUGACGAUUUUGCGAAUCCAUCAAUAACAUUGUCAAAAGAGGAAGAUCAAAUUUCAAUCGGUAGCAUUCAGGUGGAGGAAGCACAGACACAUUCAACCGAAAAACAUACCGAUGCAGAUGGGCUUAAACAAUUUUUUGAAUCUGAGGCCGCCAAUCUGGAAGACGAACAGGAUUUGACUAACACAAUUGCCGGGUUUAAUGAUGAAGAAUCUCAAGACAGCGUCAUCAAACCGAUCUAUAGAAGCGAAGGAACCAAAAUGUAUAAGCGAAAAGGUCCAAUCCAACGAAAAAUUCCGAAAGUUCAGCUCCAGACUGAAAAUGCUCCAAUGGCGGAGUUAGAUGAAAUCAACGAACCGCUUAAUAUGCAAGGGAUAACUGCCGAUUCCUUGAGCAACUUUUCUUCCAAGAAACCAGUAAACAUGAAAGUUGGAGAUAAGGUUGUUAAGGUGCAGAAAUUCAUCAUUAGUAAAGAUGAAAUGAAGCAAAUGGCGAAAUUGGGUAUUCUAGAGGUAAAAAAUGGACAAGUGUUGAUGAAGUCCCCGGGACAACCGAUUUUAAAUGCAAAAAUUAAGCCAAUUCAACAGAGUGAUAUUGAUAGCUUGAUACAUAGUCAGAAGCAAAACAAACCACAAAUUAAGCAGUAUGAAAGAAAACCAAGUAGUACUCAAAGCAGUUCAUCGGCAUCGGCGCGUGCACUAGUGGACAGCGUCAUUGCAGACUUUGACUGAUUUAUUGACAAAAUUUUGAAUCAUAUGGUCAUAAUGGUUGUUGAAUGUAUAUACAUAUAUAUGCAUAUUUUUUGUAAAUUAUUUUAUUAGUAUUGUAAGAAAUUUUAAGGGCUUGGUUUGAAUCUUAAAACUAUUUUUUUUAAUUGAACUAAUUUGUGUUUAUUGAUUGCUCUAAUCCCAGAAAUUUGUAGGCUUCAGUUGUAUCUUAUAUUUAAAAUGUUUGAAAAUUAAAACGACAGAUUUCAAGUGAAAA